AUGAUGGUUAUUAAGCUGCUGAUGAAGAUGAAGGAGCUGCUCCUCUUCCUCUCCUGUGUGCUCUGUGUCUCCGCUGAUUCUCUACAUACGGACAUUCAUAUUGUUGGCUGUUCAGACUUUAAUGGAGAGGUCAUGUUUGGACUGGAUCGUGAAGAACUCUGGUACGCAGACUUCGAGAAACAGAUGGAUGUUUAUCCUCAGCCACCUUUUAUCGAUCCUAUCAGCUUCGGAGAUGGAGCUUAUGAAACAGCUGUGUCUAAUUUAUAUGCCUGCAGACAGUUCCUGCAGCUUAGUCGGCAGGGUAUGAAGGACUUCCCUCUACUACGUGAUGCUCCUUCAGGUGUGAUGAUCUACACCAGAGACGAGGUGGAGCUCACAGUUAAAAACACUCUGAUCUGUCAUGUGACUGGUUUCUAUCCUGCUCCUGUCAAAGUCUCCUGGACCAAGAAUGGACGGAUUACAACUGAAGGAUCCAGCAUCAACACUCCCUAUCCCAACAAAAACGGAACCUUCACCCAGAUCGCCAGACUGCAGUUCAUCCCACAGCAGGGAGACGUCUACAGCUGUACAGUGGAACAUCUGGCUCUGACCAAACCACUGACCAAGACCUAUAAUGUGGACACACCUGAGACACCUGAGAAGCCUAAGCCCAGCGUUGGACCUGCAGUGUUCUGUGGACUCGGUGUGAUUAUCGGCUUACUCAGUGCUGCAGGUGGAACUUUCUUCAUCCUCAAAGCAAACAAAUGCAUCUGA